UCUUUUAACCAAUUGGUGACUCACUACCAUCAUCCAACCAGGGAAAAUAAAUUCCCAAUCAAGUACGAGAGACUAUUUUCACGAGCUGUUAGUCUCUGAUGUAUAUAAUGCAACGCAACGCUGUCUUUUUACAAAGCAGCCCCGGCCAUGCUUUGCCCCAAGGAACUGCGCAUGUGCACCAUGUAGCACCGGAACCACUGUUUCCUGACCCAGCGGGGAAACCUUUGCCGGCGGAAACACUUCCUGUGACGACAAAAGGAGAUCGCCGAACCUGAGCCGGGGGGAAGCGUAGUGGUUCGGCCGUAGCCAGGCGAGCAGCCAAAGAAGACGGCAUCGUGAGGAAAGCGGCGCCUUAAUGAAAGCUCGGCUUAAGCGCCGCCCCGUUUCCCUGGAUACCCGGCUGUAGGAGGUGUGCGCAGGACGUCAUUGUUCCGACGCUUUCCCCCGGCAGUGUGAGCUCGGGAUGGGAAUGGGCACGAGGGCUGUGCUGGAGCCAAGUUGUAUUUGAUUCCGGGAAAGCAUGUUCAGAAUCCCCUGCCCCGUUUCCAAGAGGUGUUUGCUCAGGACAUCACUUUUAAUACCAUUUCACAGUGAGCAAGAUGGAGAUGGAGGCUGCUGUGGAGAGAAGGCCAGUUUGAUUUCAGGAGAUCACUCCAAGUGUUAAAACAUGACUAUAAUAGAUAAAGUGUCAUCGGCGCCUGAUGCUUGCCAGAACCAACUGUGCAGCACAGUGGCACCAUCAUCGGGAGAAAUGGAAAAUGGUUCUUCGGUUUGGGGUGUUGUAUCGGCCCUAGCUAAAAUUGGCCUUGGACUGGUACCUGCUGCAGCCGUCUACUCCAACUCAUCUGUUCCUGAAAAGCCUGUGCCAUCAGAGCAGAAUGAUCCACCUUUAGCGGUCCCAGGAGAUGGAACUGAUCCACCCGAGAAACCUGGGGAUGGCAUUGAUCCACCCGAGAAGAUUCUUUUCCCCCCAGCAAAGAUUUGUUUGAAGUGGCAGCGUGCACAGAAAGUUGGAGCUGGUCUCCAAAAUCUCGGCAAUACAUGCUUUGUGAAUUCUGUAUUGCAGUGUUUAACUUACACGGCGCCUCUUUCUAACUACCUUAUUAGCCGCGAACACUCUGAAACAUGUCACAGCCAAGACUUUUGCAUGAUGUGCGUAAUGCAGACUCACAUAUCAAUGGCUCUGUCAAACUCCGGAGGUGUCAUCAAGCCGUCGGCAGUUGUCAAUGAUCUUAGAAGAAUCUCUAAAAACUUCCGAUAUGGGAGCCAGGAAGACGCACAUGAAUUUCUCCGUUACACAGUUGAUGAAAUGCAGAAAUCCUGCCUGAGAGGUUCUUGCAGGUUAAAUCGACACACGCAAGCCACUACCCUUAUUCACCAAGUGUUCGGUGGAUACCUGCGGUCUCGAGUCACAUGUCUGAACUGUAAAGCGGUGUCUGACACCUACGAUCAAUAUCUUGAUCUCACACUAGAGAUAAAGACGGCACAUAGUGUUAACCAAGCCCUAGAGCAAUUUGUAAGGCCGGAACAGCUGGAUGGAGACAAUGCCUACAAAUGUAGCAAAUGCAAGCAAAUGGUUACCGCAAGCAAGAGAUUUACAAUUCACCGAACAUCCAAUGUGCUGACUCUGUCCCUGAAAAGGUUUGCAAGUUUUAACGGUGGCAAAUUAUCCAAGGAGAUAAAAUAUCCAGAAUUUCUUGAUCUUCGUCCAUACACUUCUGAUCCCAAUGGAGAGCCAGUUAUUUAUGUCCUGUACGCUGUCCUCAUACAUACUGGUUUUAGCUGCCAUGGUGGCCACUAUUACUGCUAUGUGAAGGCAUGCAAUGAACAGUGGUACCUUAUGAAUGAUUCCACUGUUUCCACCACAGACAUCCGAACGGUUCUUAACCAGCAGGCUUAUCUUCUGUUCUACGUCAGAGCUCAGAACUCCCAGAAUGGAGCGUCUUACUCCCUGCAUGCAGCCAGUCCUAGCUCCCCGCAACCGAGCAGCAGCCAGAGAGCCGGCAACUCCAAAUCCGCAUUGGUUGGACCUCCUCGCAAAAUAAAGAAUUCAAAACACAUGAAUGGGAAGAAAUCGCCCAAAAACCAGAUGAACAAUUCUGUAGUGAAUAAUAACAACAUGAAUCUUAAAAGGCCACCUCUUGGCAACACUGUCGUCAAUCGGCAGACUGUAAUCAAUAUUCCCAACAACAAGAAACAAAAGAUUACAAUCAGCAUCAAUAAAUACCAUCAGCAAGGACUCUCCCUGCCCACUGUACAUAAGACUGAGAGCUUACACAAGCCCGCCCCUUCAUCCACCAUUACUAAGCACUCUAAUAAGCCUACCUCAAAUACCUCUACACCGCUAGUAAGGAAACACUCGCCAAGCAAGCCGUAUCCAGGACCACUAGUCAAUGGCACGUGCAAGGCUGGCUCCAGUUUGCUGGUACCUUAUGGCGCUGAUUCUUCAGAAAACUCUGAAGAGGAGUAUAAGGGAUUGGACAGCAGCGACUGGAAUGGAAAAUCUAUAAAUGGGGAGAUGUGUAAAAAUGGACUGAGCUUGCAUGAGGACAAGUCUCCUUGUAACUCGUUCAAAACUAGUUCUGAAAAGGAAGAGCCACUUAAAGCUGCUGUUGAAUCGCUGUCUAGGAAUAGUAUGGCCGGCUCUGACACCAACGAUAGUGUAAAUGUACCUGAAAUCAGUCAUUCUAGUAAUGUGGGAGAUCCUACAGAAGCCAGUUCUCUGAAAAAAACAGAAUUAACCCAAGAUGUUGACACUAUUUUACCGCUAAACAAGGAGAAGAAACCCUUAAUUUUAUGCAACAACACAUCUGAGGGUAAAUCCACAGAAAAAACUGCACCAUAUUUAUCGAAUGGAACAAGUAGUUUGCACAACACUGCUCUGUGGAGAAAUGGGAUGGACCCGCCUGCUAAACAACAAGCGGAGGAAGGCCAAAGUGCUAGUGUGAAUCCGGCAGCUUGUGGGAAGCAGGAGAACCGCAUGGCAGACACUCGCAUUAAUAAAAAUGCACACACUUCAUCAGAAGACAACGGCAUUAAUAACACACUUGUUAACUCUUUAUCAGCAGACGACCGUGACGAGGAAACAUUUAAUGUGCCGUCGAUCAAUAAAUAUGACGGUGGUCUACCUGCUUUACUCACCGGUUCUGAUACAAACCAAUCUAUGGUCAAGGUUGUUGCCCAACCCGAUCAUUCAGAUGAGAAUGUGAAUAGAAUUUCAGCCCAGCCUCAUGAAAACUCUGACACCGAAAAGAAAGUCCCGACGGAAAAUGGGGCAGAAAAGAGCUACUCUGUGUUUGCCGACACCAAGAAAGUGAAAAGGGAUCACUUCCGCAAUGAGCGAUGCCGUUCUGACAGCAGUGAAGAGAGACGUCCCACCAGUAACCGAGAGAGACAGUCCCGCAGCAGAGAGAGAACUAAAUGGAAGCACUAUAGACCGUCUCAUUGUGAUGAAUACAGGCACAGGGAUCAUUAUAGAAGGAGCAGCCCGUACAACUACAAGGACUGUAACAAACACAGCCAGAACAGGGGCAGAUCCAGAAGUCGGGGCCGCUAUGAAACCUCUAAAAGCUGGUAUAGCAAUUCCAAAAGGGAUCGUUCACGCAGUCGAGAAAGGAACUACCAAGAUAAAAGCAGACGUUACGAUAGCUACAGGCAUUAUAAUGACCAUUAUACAUCGCAUGGUUACCGGGACUAUCGAGAUAGAAAGCCUUCGUAUGAGGACAGAGACUAUCCAAGUAAAUCCUAUAACUCGUACAGAAGCAGCUGCUCUUACUACCCCAGAGAUAAAGUACGGGAAUAUCCCAAUAGCCCCAAACACAAUAUCUAUUAUUCGUCCUCUUUUCAAAGGCACUCGGAAAAGUAUCAUCAUGAAAAAUACAACGGUGUCCUGGAUUACCACCAAGCCGAUAAACAUAGUAAGGAAAGAAAAAGCAAACAAAGAUACUCUAGAGACAGCGACCACGAGAGCGAAACCAAGCGCAGACAGAAUGGCGACCUGAGGGACAUGAGAAAACGUAGAUGGAGCAGCUCAUCUGAAAGCAGCGACUAUGAAAUAGAUGUCAAACGGAAAAGGAUCGGUACAAAUGGAGCAGCGACUAAAGACCGUUUCAGGGUUCAUGGAAACGCAGACUUCGCUUCUUUUGAAGAAAGACCCCUGAAAAUGACAGUUUUUCAGAAUUCGUAACAUUCCGUUUCUCAAGCUACAAAUACGACAUGGAGCGAGCAGCGACACAGACAGAAACAUGUCACAUUGGCAGCAUCCAGAAGUCUUUCACUCUCUCUGACCAGUCCCGAAUAUCACAGCCCGUCCCUGCAUGAGACCUCCCCAAUCAGCUUUAGAGCGCAUGGUGGGGGCUGCAUUUUUCUUUUAAUUUAUUCAUGUAUUUAUUUUUUAGUGCAUUUUAUGGGAAUAAUGUUGCAGAAUGAGCUUUAGAAGCAGAAGACCCCUCUUUGAAAAAUUAGUUAUUACAAAUGAUUUGUUUUUUUUUUUAUUUGCCCCCAUGUCAUUUUAAGUAUGGCGGCAGCCUUACAACUUGGAUCACAGGCACUAUUUAGGAAUGAGAUGUUUAAUAUUUAUUAAAUAGUUUAUUUUCCUA